AUUUCCUUUGAAAUAUAUAUUGUUUCUCCUUCUUGUUUUGUCUCAUUUCAAUUAUUCUGUCAUACAUAGUGUAGGGCAAGUUUUUUAUUUCUUUAUUUCUUUUGUAUGAGCAAGCUAUGUAAACAGAUCCAAAUGGCACAAAAAAGAAUAGUUGAUGCAAUUCUUCUCCCCAUUUUCAUAUGGUUAUUGCUUGGUUCCUUUGCUACUACUAUAGGUACUGCAACUGAUAUUGUUUGCUUAAAAUCUAUUAAACAUUCCUUGGAAGACCCUUUUGAUUACUUAAAGUCUUCAUGGGACUUCAGCAACAAUACAGAAGGCUUCAUCUGUGAAUUUACAGGAGUGGAUUGUUGGCAUGCUGACGAGAACAAGGUAUUAAAUCUCAGACUGUCUGGCAUGGGGCUCAAGGGCCAGUUCCCUAGUGGGAUUGAGAACUGUACAAGUUUAACGGGGUUGGACCUUUCCAAUAAUGAGCUUCAGGGACCAAUCCCAUUUAACAUCUCAAAAUUACUACCAUAUAUUACUUCUCUUGAUCUAUCGUCCAACAAUUUCUCUGGCGAAAUCCCAACCGAUAUUGCCAAUUGCAGUCAUCUAAAUGUUCUCAAACUAGACCACAACCGACUAGCUAGUCAGAUUCCACCAGCAAUUGGAUUUCUCGAUCGGAUCAAGGUCUUCAGUGUCGCUAAUAAUCUAUUAUCAGGGCCAGUGCCUGACUUUCAAAACGCUACGUUUCCAGCUGAUAGCUAUGCAAAUAAUAUUUUACUCUGUGGAGGACCUCUGGAAAAGUGCAAAGACCAUUCAAGGAAAUUCCAUUGGAGAUUUGAUUAUUCAUUCAGAAGCGGAUUUGAGAUUGGCUAUGCGGUUUCUGCAAUUUCAGCUGUGGUUGUGUAUGCAUCCUAUUGUGUGCCAUGGGUGUAUAUGGGGAAGAAGAAUGGGUUGAUUACAAUACCAGCAAUGGUAAUGUUGAUGAUGAGGAAGAAGAACAAGAAAGUGGAGUUUGACCAACUGGGUAGCUUGUCAACUGUGGAGUUCCUACUGGAGAAAGAGGUUUCUACCUCAGAGAACUUUGUUACAAGAAUGAGUUUUAAAGAUCUUCGCGAUGCAACUGAUAAUUUUAGCCAAGAUAAUGUCAUAUGGUCGGGAGAAAUGGGAACCAUGUACAAGGCACCUCUUGCUAAUGGUUGGUCCCUUGCUGUCAAGAAAUUUUUUAAUUCUCAACAAUCUGAGGAACGCUUCAUUACUGAAUUGAAGAUAUUAGGAAGACUGAGACAUGACAACCUAAUUCCAAUUAUCGGAUUCUGCAACGAAUCCAAGAAAAGGCUUCUGGUGUAUAAAUAUAUAUCAAAGGGAAACCUUUUUUAUUGGUUGCAUUCAAGGGAAGACAAGAAGAGGAUUCUUGAAUGGCCUUUGAGGAUGAAAAUUGCUGCUGGUUUGGCAAGAGGCUUGGCAUGGCUCCACCACUGUUGCGAGUUCCGUGUGGCUCAUCUUAACAUAAGCUCUAAGAAUGUGUUGCUCGAUCAGAAUUUUGAAGCCAAGUUAUCAAACUUUGGAAUGGCCACAAUGAUCAACCCAAAGGAGAUCAAUGCAAGCACCGGUUUCUGUAUGGAUACUGAAUUUUGGGAGGAGUGUUUUCUCAAGGAAGAUGUUUUCAACUUUGGACUCGUGCUUCUUGAAUUGAUUACAGGUAGGAAUAUUACUUCUUCAACUGGUUCUAAUGGAAGCUUAGGAAAAUCGAUAAGUGACUUUGCUUCAAGGUCUUCUUGUAUGUAUGAUGCCAUUGAUGAGCUUCUGAUAGGCCAAGGACAUGAUGGUGAGAUUUCCGAGUUCCUCAGAGUUGCUUGUAAUUGUGUCCAGCCCUUUCCAGAGCAAAGGCCAAGCAUGCUUUAUGUGUAUACAACAAUCAGCAUCAUUCAAGCCAGACAUGGCAAUUAGACAUGGCAAUUUACAGUCAAUUAACAUGUUAAUCAGUUCCUACAAAAUCUUAAAGUCUCCAAGAAUCAUGUGACCUGCUUGGAAAUAUUAAGCUAAGGUUUCUUUCUUCUUUUUCUCUUUUCUUUUUCUUUGUGUUUUUUUAUUGAAGUGAAAUAUUACUAAGCUUGCUUUGGAAGAGGCUAAAUUAGCUUCAUUGUCCUUGAA